AUGAGCAGCAAACGCGCUUCUGAAGGCAGCGCUGAUGGCACGCCGGCCAAGCUUCCUAAGUCGGAGAAUGGCGACUUCUCACGCUCCGUCAGGAAGAAGUUGACGACGACGUCGAGAACUGGUCAGGCCUGCGACCGAUGCAAGGUGAGAUCUCAACACCAUCAUGACCAGCAUCCUGUCGUCGAGUCACUGACAGCGCAUGCANNGGUCAGAAAGAUCCGAUGUGAUGCUCGACCAGGUGGAUGCUCACCAUGCAUCGCCAACAACCUCGAAUGUAAGACGACCGACCGCAUCACUGGUCGCGCCACCUCCAGAGGCCAUACCGAGCACAUUGAGUCAGAAAACAUGGCCCUGAAGCAACACAUCAACGACUUGCGCCAACAAUUGAUCGACUCUGGACUCGACCCUCGUCCUGCACCCAUCAUGCCUUUGGGCUUCGUCGGCAGUGGUGGCCAGCCUGCCUACGCUUGGCCUCAACAGAUGUUCGACCUCUCGUCAAUCCUUGGAGCAGACACCCACCUCGACCCCUCAAAGUCUCGUGUCCGCGCUUCUGCCCUGCCCGACUAUCGCAACAGCUCUCUCGGCGACAACUACCUCGGUAUCUCUGGUGCAAACGAAUGGCUAUCCCCUAUCAAGGGCACAUCCGUCGCCCUCUUCGGUAUGGAGCUGGACCUGGUCGAUUUCGUCACCAACGACAACGACGAGGCCUUUUCACCCACAUCUUAUGAGAACUUCCUCAGCAUCGCCUUUAAGUCGUCGCAGGAACGUCCCCCUCCACCUUCGUUCCCUUCGUACCGCGAAUGCAAGGCUCUCUGCGAAUGGUACUUUGUUUCGGUCAACUGCCAUGCCCCUAUCGUGCACAAGCCCGACGUCUUAGACAUGGUCGACCGCCUCAACUCCGAUGAGAUAUAUCAGCCAGAUAUUAGUGAGACUGUGCAGCUGCAUAUGAUCAUCGCCAUGAUGUUGUUCCAAUCUUCGGUCCGAAACAGUCGCCCAACUCAAUGGGCCGACCACUACCGUUAUGCCGCUAGUUUCCUCCCCGAUCUGAUGGCCAAGCGUACCCUGCCUAACAUUCAGGCUAUUGCUUUGAUCUGUCUGCAUCUGAGAAACUUCACCAAACCAGGAGCUGCUUGGUUCAUGUCCACUCUCACGCUUAACCUGUGUGCAGAAAUGGGUCUUCACAGAUCUGUGAGCGCUUGGGGCAAAACCAGUCCUGAGUUUAGUGAACACGAGAUCGAGAUGCGCAAGCGUGUCUUCUGGAGUGUUCUGGUCAUCCACGUGUCUAUUAGUAAUAAACUUGGUCGCCCGCUGGCUAUGCGUCUCGAGGACUUUGAUGUCGAAUUCCCCAAGGCUCUCGAUGACAACACUGGCAGUGAGGCAAGCUGCAUUGACGAAUGGCACAAGUGCUCGUACCGUGUCGCAUGCCACAACUUCAAGUGGGUUCUGCUCGUCAUCCAGGUUCAGACUUCGAUUUACUCGGUUCGCGCUCCUCCUCACUCAUACGAGCUCACCAUCCAGAAGCUCGAGCGUGAUCUUGAUUACUUCCUGAAAAGCAUUCCCAUCGAGCUCUCUGGUGGUCCCGAGACUGCUCAAGAUGACAGAGCCUGUUCGCUCUAUCUACAAUUUGGUGCUCAGGAGCUGAACUUGCUCGUUCAUCACCCUGCCGUUUGCCGUACUCAGAACAAUGACGUCAACAACAAGAACUUGGAUGUCUGUUUGGAUGCCAGCGCCAAGUUACUGCACAUUGCACAGAGCAUGCGUGCUUUGAGAGCCCUUGACACUACUUGGCUCAACGCCACUGUCUGGCUUUCUGCCAUGUUUGUCACUCUUUUCGCUUACAACCAGCGUAAGGACCACAUCACGUCCACCGAUCUCAAUGCUCUCAAAGACACCAUGGAGCAGUGGUUGAGCAUCAUUGGUGACAUCGGUCAUUUGAUGGGUAGUGGUGCUAAGCUUCAGAAUGCCGUCCGUCAUAUUGUCAACGCUUCCAUUGACAACAUCCAUCGUCACCUUGCAGCAAAGACUGCGAGCGCUGCUGUCGCUUCAGCCAAUAUCGCUCACUCUUCGCCUGCGCUUGUUGACGGCCAACAAGAUGGCGUUAAUGGCUACAAUGCUCCUGCAGGCUAUGCCCCAGCAUAUGUUCCUGCCGAUCCCAACGGCGCCCCUCCUACGGACACCACCGCCGGCGCAUCAUACCUUGGCCCAGACGAAAACGGACUUCAGUCUCAACAAUCUUAUCAAAACAACGGCUUCGCAUACCCCGAUCCUUCAGGAGCAUCCGCACCGGCAUAUCCUGCAUUUGUUGACAACAGCGCAUACACCAAUGGCGAUGACAUCAAGUCAGACCUCACUGCCCAAUUGGCCGCCCACAAUGCCGGUCAUGCCUUGCAUCAAACCAAUCAUGCCCACAACCAAAAUGUUCCGCAACAGAUGGCUUCUCACGAUCAAACGACACAGAACCUCUUCCAAGCAUUCACCUCUCCAUCACCGAAUAACAGUUACGCUUCUCCUACCACUACCGCGACUACCGCAGCAAUGACGCCUCAGCAACAACCUCAACAGAUGAUGAUGGGACCUGUCGCUUGGCGCCAUUUCACUCACGACAUGCUCGGUAUCAUGGGAACGGGUUACCCUGGUUUCGACGUCCAGAAUGCAAACGCACUGUUGGCACUGGGUCAGAAGCCUCCUGGCGUAGAUGCCAGCAGCGUCAUGCCUAUCGGAGAUGGCAGUGGUGGACCNUUGCCUCUAAUCGGAGACGGUCUUUGGCCGAUGACAACGUACGGACCUGUGAGCAGCUCUGCUGGUUAUUGA